CCUUUCUUACAGAAUCUCGAUCAUGCCUUGAUCAGUGUAUCUAUACGGACCGCUACCUAGGCAUGCCGUCUUCAUCAUCAAGAAUGGAAUUCUAUUGUUAUUCCCAUAUAUGAGUAAACCCUCUUUCUUCUUUCAACCUCACAUCCUCCCUCAUCAUACACAUCACCACAUCACAUCUCCAACAUCUACCUCUCUCUCACCACCAAUCCCUCUCCAAAACAACAACGGUGGCCUGGCCCUGUCUCGCCUCCCACAUGCAGAAAAUCGACUGCUGGCAGCCAUUCGGCGACGCGACGAAGGAUGUCCCCCAAGCCCCGCCGUUUGUGAAGAAAGGCGUCCAUUACUGCCACUGUGAUCUCCCCCUUGAGCGUCGCAUCGCCGGUCCAACAUCCAAGCGGCCCGAGAGCCCGUACUGGGGAUGUGCCAAGUGGCAACCCGAGGGCCAGCACGGAGCAUACAAGGCUUGGAUCUGGGAGGGAGACAUGGAAAAUGCUCAUCGGAAGUGGGAGAGAGCGAACGGAUCUGAGCCGUGCGUUACAAAGCGGUGGCUGGCCGAGACAGCCGAAGGGAGGUGCUUCGAGGGUGGUGGGUUGGGGAAGGUUGCUGGAAACGGGAGAAAGAGACGGAGUCAGAUGGGGAAUGGGAAGGGGUUGCGCGAAAUGUUGGGUAGUAUUGACGUGAAGGCCGAGGAGGUUGAGGACGACGAUGAUUUCAUUGAUCGAGAUAAGGACACGCACUGGGGAAGGACGUCGUGGCAGCAGGUGGAGGGGGAUGGAGAGGAGGACGAGGGGGAGGAGAAAUCGACAGUAAAAGCUCACCAUUUCAUCGACUUGACUACCAGUGAUCAAGAAGAUGAGCAAUCUGACCACAGGAGGCUCAGAGCUCUUCAGAUGGAGGUAAAGGCUCUGAAGAAAGAGAACGAGGUUCUGAAGGUGGAGAACAAGGCCCUUGCGAAAGACCUGGAAGGUGAAAAGGAGGUUGUUGAGCUCAAGAACAGAGAGACUGCCAUUCUAAAUGAGAAGGUGGAGGCAAGGGAAGAUCUGAUCAGGCAGUUGAAGGGGGAGGGUGCUGUCGUUAAGAAGCAGGAGGAGUAA